AUUUUCAAUUGGAUUGUUGGCGAAGACGGAUGCAAAACGGAGAGAUACAAAAGUGGUGUUGAGAAGUCGGUGUACAUAAUUCGAAAAGUCGAAAUCGUGUACGAAACUUGAAGAGUAGUGUUUGCCGUUGAAGUGGAAUUUGUGGUGUAGUGGAGUGAGGAGUGUAGUGAAGUGCAUGCGCCAAAGUGGGCGGUAGAGGUGUGUAGGAUUAAAGUGAUUUUUGUGAAAUUAUAGUCCUUCGCCAACAAAACACUACUUUUACUUUAAAAAAAUUUACCUCAGCAACACUAAUUGCACUUAGACACAACAAUACAAAAACAGUAACACCAACGCCAAUUCCAAUAAAAUAAAUUUGGCUUGAAAACAAUUGUGAUAAAUUAGUGGUCUAGGUCUAACAACAAACACACGCAAAAAAGUGAAUCCAAGAAGCAGUGAAUAAAAUUAAAUUUAUGCAAAAUGCAAAAUCAAACGAAACGUGUCAAAAUGUCAACGCAACAGCAAGAAAACAACAAAAGCAACAAUCAACGCAGACUGCCCAGCCAGCAGCGAUUCACCUACAUCGCGCUGCUCUGCAGCGUGUUCACGCUGAUUUGGCGCGCCGAUGGCUUCAACUUCGCCAAUCAGCCAAACAUUGCAGUUCCAGCGCCGAAAGACUUGAAAUUCUUCAAACCGCAAACGCGCAGUUCCUAUUUCGGUUAUACGCUGCUGUUGCGACCGACGAGUAUAAUUGUUGGUGCGCCACGCGCUCAGUCCACACUGCCGGCACAGCGGAAUGUCAAUGAGCCAGGUGCCAUCUAUCGCUGUAGUUUGUCACCGAGUUCGACAUGUACUCCAUAUGUCAUCGAUGACAAAGGUAAUCGCACAAUCGAGUCGUUUGAUUCGUACACCUACGAUAAUGAGGCGCGCGACAAUCAAUGGCUAGGCGGUUCCAUGGAUGGCGGCACAAAGGACAGCGACAAACUACUUAUAUGUGCACCACGGUUUGUAGCGCCCACGCCUAAUGAAUACUUAAUGAAUGGCGUCUGUUAUUGGGUCGCUGACACGCUCGACGAUAAUCCGAAAAAUGUGCAAAGAAUUUCACCUCUAAGACUGCAGUCGCUCCAAUUGCAAACGAUCAAUGGUCAUCGAUUUUUCUAUUACAUGCUUGCCCAGGAGGGUUUGAGUGCACACGUCACCGAUAAUAAUGAGGAGUUCGUCAUUGGUGCCCCGGGUAUAGAUACGUGGCGUGGAACGACGAUACAUUGUCGCAAGAAGUUCGAGGAGGAUCCAACACUGAGUCGUCGUGACACGAGCCAACAGCUUAGAAAGCGUGUAACAAGAGGUCUGCAGUUUACCGGUCAAUAUAUAGUGAAAACUGAUGAGAUACCUGUUGAUUCGUACUUUGGUUAUGCUGUCGGUUCGGGCUACUUCGAUAGUAACAACAAAAAUCAGCUGUUAUAUGUAGCCUCGGCGCCACAAGCCAAUCAACAGUCGGGCGAGGCUUAUUUGUAUAAGUACUCUGAAGACAGUCUGCUGAAAUUGAAGAUUUUAUAUAUCUUUCGAGGUGAGAAGUUUGGUGAAUAUUUCGGUUACUCAUUGGUUACGGAGGAUCUUAAUGGCGAUGGUCUCACCGAUGUUGUGAUAUCAGCGCCACAACAUACGGCAGCCGGUUAUUUUGACGAUGGCGCCAUCUACGUGUUUCUGAAUAAGGGAAAUUUCAACUUCGAAAGAAAACUAAUCGUAUCACCGGUGCAAGGCAAGGCACGUUUCGGUACGACCAUCAGUCGCUUGGGUGAUAUCAAUCAUGAUGGCUUCAAUGAUAUCGCCGUUGGUGCACCAUUCGCCGGCAAUGGCGCUGUUUUUGUCUACCUCGGCAGCAAUAAUGGUUUACGCGAACAGCACAGCCAACGUCUCGAUGCGCCAGAGCAGGUGAACAGCAAAUAUGGUGAGCAAAUGUUCGGUCAUGGUCUCUCCAAGGGUGUCGAUAUUGAUCGCAAUGGCUUCAAUGACUUCGCCAUUGGUGCACCGAAUGCUGAAGGAGUGUUCGUCUAUCGCGCCUAUCCAGUUGUUAAGAUACACGCCGUUGUCAAGUCGGCAACUCGUGAAAUCAAAACCGAUCAGAAUUCAUUCAAAAUCACUGCCUGCUAUUCAAUCAGCACCACAUCCACACAGGUGACCGGCCAGGAUUUGGCGGUACGCAUUGUCGUAGACUCACAGGUCAAGCGCGCCAAGUUCAUACAGACGCGCACAAAUGAGAUCAGUUUUAAUGUAUCGGCAGGAUUGCAGGAACAAUGUCGCACUUUCGAUUGUGAAGUCUACACAAAUGUGGCGGAUAUAUUCAAGCCGAUCGAAUUGGAGAUGCAUUAUAAUCUCAUUAAUGGUGUGCCGAAAUCGGAAGUUUUCUGUGAUAAAUGUGCUGCUGUUGACCCUGCCGAACCGGUUAUAAGUAGAGAGAGAAUCAUCUUUAGCACCGGCUGCAAAUCCGACAUAUGUGUAGCCGAUCUGGAAGUUAAGAGUCGAGACUUGAAUCACACAUAUAUACUCGGCAGUAGUCGUACACUGUCCGUCACUUAUGACGUAACGAAUCACGGUGAGACCGCUUAUCUACCACAAAUUAGUUUCACCUCAUCGAAUCACAUGCCGUUCGCUAAGAUACCUGGAACUUGCCGUUCGAAGGAAAAUAAUUAUUUAGAGUGUGAUUUAAAGAGUAAUGAUGUAGCGAUGACGAAAGGCGCCACAACCUCAUUUACCGUUACUUUCGAUGUUGCUGGCAUAUCGGGCAAAGCAAUGAUAUUGACCGCGAAAGUCUUCAGUACCGGUAAGGAGGCCAAUGAAGACAAUAAUGUGGCGACCGAUGUCAUAACACUGGGAGAAUACACGGAAAUCGAUAUUGUCGGUAUACCCAAAACUAAACAUAUCAAUCUGGAAGAAGUGAGCAAUACCUCUCAAAUCAUAAAUAACUAUGAGGUAAAAAGUGUUGGACCCAGCACAGUCGGCACUGUAGAUGUGGUAUUCUAUAUACCCGUGGCAUAUAAGGUCCCCGGUACUACGAAUACUAUACAAAUCGUGGAGAAGGAUAGAAUAAAUAUGCAGGGCGUGUGGAAUGAACAAACUGUUGCCAUCGAUUAUUUUGAAAACAAUACACAACUUGUGAUGAAUGCGAUCGAAUUUUCGUCGAGCACACACAGCACGACGAGCAUCAACUCAAAUAUACAAAUCUACAAAGAGAAACAGUUCAAUACAAAUUUAGAUUCGUUGGGUCUUUAUGACAUGCCAAUCGAAAGCGACCAUUUCUACCAAGAGGACAGCAGCAAGUUCUCGCAGAUGUCUAUACGUCGUAAACGUGAAGUUGCCGCCAAUACCGCUACGAAAGCACAGUACGAACGCAUCGUCAAGGCGCACGAGCUGUUGGGUGACGAUCUCAAGGGUAAACUGCCUGUGAAUCGUACGAUUGUCUUCAAUUGCCACGAUCCGGAGAUGACAGUUUGCGUGCGCGCUGUCAUCCGUUUGCAUACAUUCAGCCCAGAAAAGCCACUUACAGUCAGCAUGAAAUAUCAGGUGGAUCUGAGAGAGAUCAAUCAAAUUCUGAUUGAACCAUGGGAAUAUUUUGUUAUACUCAUCGAUGUGGAUGUGAAGAAAAUGGGCGAUUUACAUCAAAAGACGCUGGCGAUACGUAAGAGCAUUGAUUAUAAUAUUGUGUCGAAACAUCAGCUCUAUGGUACACCAAUUUGGGUCUAUAUAUUGGCUAUAUUGGGUGGCCUGUUGCUAUUGGCGGCUAUCACGUAUGCCAUGUAUAAGCUCGGUUUCUUCAAGCGUGCCAAGAAAGAACAAAUGGAUGCUUUGGUGCAUCAAGGCUCAACACGGCCGGCGCAAGAUGUAGAGCCAGAAGCAGAAAAUCUAAACACCGAAAGGAACUAAAGUGAGGGAAAAAAUCGGAAAUAUAUAAUUUAUAUAUUUUUACAGCAAUAAGUUCGAAACAGAUGGCUUUAACAUCACACAGGCAAAUGCGCGCUGGGUUUAACUAAAAGUAACGAGUUCAUUUACGAAAACAAAAAACUAAAAAAAAAAUAAAUGCAUAAAGGGUGCCAGUGUUGCAAUUGCAAAUUAUUAUUUUUUUCUACACAGUUAGAAAUGUUAAAUUUUGCAAUUACUCCUUAUUUUUUUAUUUUUAUUUCAAAUAAUUUUUUCAAAGUUUUCUUAUUUUUUUUUUAAUAUUUUUUUUUAUAAAUAUUUUCAAUUAUGUUUUUUUUUAUUUUUUAAUUCUUAAUUUUAUUGCUUGAAAAAAUGAAAUCACACGAUUUAAAAAAGAACACACACACACGAAACCAAAUGUACCAAUCGAUUUAAGUGUUGCAUUCUAUUUAUUUGAUUGUAUUGUAAAUUGUAUAGACUUUAGUUAGGCGCUUUUUAAUAUAAACUAUAGUAUAUAGUAUGUGUAAAUUAAAUUUAGAUUUAAUGACAGAG